AUGCGGGAUCAUUUCCGUACCGUCAAGAAGAACAUCGACGCCAACAUCAUCCAUCACAGCGGCGGCGUGGCGGCACCUAGGGGAGGCAGUGGAAAGUUCCCCUACAGCAGCCCCCUCAUUCUCCCGAAGUGUGCUACGAUGCAGAACACCUCAGGAUUGCCGAAACUUUCUCCGUUCCUUCUGAAACCACUGCUUGUUCGCGUGGAUACCCAAGUAUUUGUUCCCGGAGCUAGCGCUGGAGGGAAUUCCGUGUCCAAGGUGCGGGAAAAGGGGUUCGCCAGAUGGAUGGAAUCCCAAGGGGCCACGACGGGUGUUCAUGGAGGAAGACGUGGGGUUCAUCAUAGGAUUCCGGUACAAGUGCGAACGGUGUGUUGAAUACAACGGGACCGUGGAGGAGUCGGAGCAGCGCCCUACCAGUUUCAACGCGUGGGAUGUCGGAUGCCUGGAUCGCCUUCCUGACUACGUGUCGAAGGAAUUUCCUUUCAUUCUCACUCAUCGGUCGGGUAUCGACAUUCGUCUUGUCGACCGGCUCACAGACGACCUGGUCCAUGGGAAGGGCUUCUCCGCCGCUGCCAAGUACAUCCGCCAGGCACACACGACGAAGUUUAUGGUGUAUCAACUGAAGUACGUGUCACUGGCUGACGCCCGGCGAUCGAGCCGGGUGAGCUUGUUCGGAGCGGCCCCAGUACCAGAGAAGUUUGGGAGUUUCGAUGACACCGAGAAGUACUGCGGUGCGGUGCCCUCGGACCACUACCUGCGGGACGUGUGGCGCACGUACUUCUCAGAACUUCCUGUGCUGGAGGUGGAAGGCGUGAAGUGGACGCGGGAGGACUAUUUGCCCCGCGUGCACCAGCGCUGCGACGGAACCGUACUCGCUGGAGAUGCUUCGUUCAAGUUUGCGAAGAUCAUUCGGCUAGGGGCAACAGCGCACGGAGAGCGCACCCGCCCCGUGCACGGCAUUUUCACAGUCUUCAACGAAUACGAGCAGGUCCAGUAGCAUGCGCCUCUCGCUGUCCGUAGAUAUGUUUCGUUCGUACUUUGAGCUUGUUUCCUCUGGUGUUUUCGUCGUACGGGGUGUUUGCGUGUUAGUCCUUAGGCCUUGUGCCGUGUUGCCGUGUGGUGUGUGCGAAAUUGGUUCCACCUGGGUUCUCUCAUGGAGCUUGAGCCGUGGUCCGAUUUUCCACUCGCUGUGUUUCCUUCUUGCAUGCCUCUUGCCAGGUUUCGGUGCGCACAGAGCGAACUGAAAUACAUUUAAGCACGGAAGAAAAGGGUGUUCCCGCCCUGCCUUUGCAAUGUCUGCCGUGGCUCAUACACUGAAAGCUGAAUUUUACUUGUAUAUACGUAAAACGGGCAUGGGGUUCCUGGUGUUCUUGUUAUAUAAAACCGCCCAGCAAUAUGAUGCAGGGAGGAGCCGAUUAUUCUGUGGUAGUAGCUUGCACCUGAAGCGUGCGACACAGCAGUAGCGGUUACGCGUCAUGGUUUCGGCGAGUCAUAUGUAUUAUGAUGUUGAUACCGUUUUUUUUCUCUGUAUCUUUGGUUCGAAGCACGACACGACAAGUGGGCGAGAGUUUAUGACAAAUAGUUUCAAGAAGACGUCACGUUGUGAUGGCGAGCACGAAGAAUACUCUUUUCCUGUAGAAAAUAACACAUGUUGUUGUUCUGAAGCUGCACACGCGAGACAGAGAAAAGCUGCCAUGUUUCGCGCAGACUGCAAUUUUGCAGGCGUGUACAGCAACAAACUACAGUUUCCUUCGCGUAAACGGUGGUUUACUCGCUAAUUUACCGCCAAUAGGUGGUGAUGGCCCUCCCAUCGUGAAGAAAAAUCGGGAAAAAAAAGGAAGGUGCAAACAAAGUUUGGCGCUGAUGGGGAUUGAACCCGCAACCUCGGGCACUGAAUAAUCACACAUGGAUUCCUUCUCUCAAACUUUAAGACAAUGAAAGGACGCGUCAUUCGAAUACGCCUCUUCGUAUUUUUUUCGCGCUUCGCGCGAAAUAAAUAUAACUCGUUCCCGGGUUGCCCUACCCAUGGUCGCUGAGCC